CUUUGACGGACCAUCUGACGUAAACGCUUCUGAAAGUGUAGAAACAUCAGAGAUAUACUGUGUUUGAUAGAAUCUUAUGGACCACAGAGUGGUGGGCAACCAAUGUCUCCACCCCGGCUCACCGGCGCCCUGCGCUCCUUCUCUACUGUCAGCAAGCAGGAAGACUUCACUGAAGAAGUAUAUGAUCUGAAGACCAAGCGUCUGAAGAGGCAGGAGCUGUUCUCCAGAGAGGGCCUGACAUGGCAGAAGAUAGUCCAGUUCUUCACUCAGCACCUGGAGAAGGCAGAGCAGCAGGCUGCAGCACAGGAGCUGAAGAGCAUCCUACAGGCUGCCAAGCAGAUAGUGGGGACAGAGCAUGGCCAGGACACCAUUGAGAGUGCUGCUGUCUUCCUAUUUGAGACGUUCCACAACAAGGACCAUGUGGGUCACGAGGAGACGAGGGCCAUCAAGCAGAUGUUUGGGCCCUUCCCCUCCUCGGCAGCCGAUGCCUCCUGUGCUGCUGUGUCCCGGGCUGUGGCCCCUCUGGGAGAGUCCCAGGUGGAGGAGUUUGUUCGUUCCCAGAGCUCCUGUCGCGCCCCUCAGCGUGGCUCGGCGUUCGGACGCAACAUCACCUUCUCCUAUGACUGCUACACCCUGGACCCCCAGGAGGCCCUGCCCUGGGCGGGGGACCCUGAAGACGAGACCCCUGGUGGAGGCCUGGACUUCCACAGCUUCCUCAACAACCACCAAGGUCGCAGGGGUAAUGGGGGAGAGGCGGAUGGAGGCAGGCUAAGCCCGGGAGGGGCUCAGAGCCCUGGGGAUGGGACCAUCCUGAGGGGGGAGGUGGAGAAGUUCCUGAACGGAGGCAACAUGAUCUCCUCCAGCCCUGAGGAACUGUGCACCUCCCUGUUUGAGAUGCUGGCCUCCACCAAGAGUGACGACGAGCUGCAGAAUGAGCUGUUUGAGCUGCUGGGCCCAGAGGGAUUUGAGAUGAUCUCUGUUCUCCUCCAGAGAAGGUCUUCCAUCGUGGACUCUCUCCUCUCCAUCCCUGCAGACAGGAUCAACUACCCACCAGAUGGUAGCCGUAAAGGAAGUGGAGGAGAGGGGAGCAGCAAGCCCACGUACGGCUGUCAGGUGACCAUCCAGUCAGGGAAGGAGAAAGAGAUGAUGAAGAUGCACCGGAGGGAGGAGAAGAGGGAGAGGAAGAGGGGGGAGAGACGUUGGGAUGACACAGAAUCCUCUUCCGACCUCUACUUUGACCCCAAGGAGAUGAGAGCUCAGAGAGAGCAGGCCCUGCUGACAGCACGGCGGUCUCCAGUGCUGAGCAGAGAGAGGGUGUACGAACGCAUCCGCUACCCCAACGUCUAUGACUGCUACGCCGAGGCCACCAAGACCUCCGCCUUCGUAGGGGGAGCCAAGCUGAUGUUACCAGAGGGGAUAAAGAGAGAGAAUAAUAAGAUGUAUGAAGAGGUGGAGAUUCCUCCUAGUGAUCCCAUGCCCAUCGGCUUUGAGGAGAAACCCAUCUACAUCUCUGAACUGGACGAGAUUGGUCAGUUGGUGUUUAAGGGGAUGCAGCGUCUGAACAGGAUCCAGUCCAUAGUGUUUGAGACAGCCUACAACACCAAUGAGAACCUGCUCAUCUGUGCCCCCACCGGGGCCGGCAAGACCAACAUCGCCAUGCUGACAGUCCUCCAUGAGAUCAGACAGCACCUCCAACCUGGAGGGGUCAUCAAGAAGGAUGAGUUCAAGAUAGUGUAUGUAGCUCCUAUGAAGGCCCUGGCAGCAGAGAUGACUAACUACUUCAGUAAGCGGUUGGAGCCACUGGGCAUUGCUGUCAAAGAGCUCACUGGAGACAUGCAGCUAACCAAAGGGGAGAUCCUGCGUACACAGAUGCUGGUGACCACCCCUGAGAAGUGGGACGUGGUGACCAGGAAAAGCGUUGGGGACGUGGCCCUGUCCCAGAUUGUAAAGCUCCUCAUCCUGGACGAGGUGCAUCUGCUACACGAGGACAGAGGACCAGUUCUGGAGAGCCUGGUGGCCAGGACACUACGACAGGUGGAGUCAACCCAGAGUAUGAUUCGUAUCCUGGGUCUGUCGGCCACGCUGCCCAACUACCUGGACGUGGCCUCCUUCCUCCACGUCAACCCCUACAUCGGACUCUUCUACUUCGACAGCCGCUUCAGACCCGUGCCCCUCGGACAGAGCUUCGUAGGCAUCAAGACCACCAACAAGAUCCAGCAGCUUCAUGAUAUGGAGGAGGUUUGCUAUGAUAAGGUUCUGGAGCAGAUCAGAAAUGGACAUCAGGUGAUGGUGUUUGUCCAUGCUCGUAAUGCCACGGUGAGGACAGCCAUGGGGCUGAUCGAGAUGGCUAAGAACCGUGGAGAGUCUUCCUUCUUCCAGCCAGACCAUGGACCGGACUACGGCCAGUGUGAGAAAUCAAUCCAGCGUUCCAGGAACAAGCAGAUGAAGGAGAUGUUCCCAGAUGGUUUUGGGAUCCACCACGCUGGGAUGCUGCGUGCUGACCGGAGCCUGAUGGAGAGCAUGUUCUCCAGGGGUUACCUCAAGGUUCUGUGCUGUACUGCCACACUGGCCUGGGGAGUCAACCUGCCUGCACAUGCUGUCAUCAUCAAGGGCACCCAAAUCUACGAUGCUAAGCGUGGUACCCUGGUGGACCUGGGCAUCCUGGAUGUGAUGCAGAUCUUCGGGCGUGCCGGGCGGCCCCAGUUCGACAAGUACGGCGAGGGCACCAUCAUCACGGCACAUGACAAGCUGAGCCACUACCUCACCCUGCUCACCCAGCAGAACCCCAUAGAGAGCCAGUUCCUUGAGACCAUGGCUGACAACCUCAACGCUGAGGUAUCACUAGGGACUGUGACUAACGUGGAGGAAGCAGUGAGGUGGCUGAGUUACACCUACCUGUACAUCCGCAUGAGAGCCAACCCUCUGGCCUACGGGAUCAACCACAAGGCCUACCAGAUGGACCCAGGUCUGGAGCUGUAUCGUAAGGAACUGGUGGUGAUGGCAGCCAGGAAGCUGGACAAGGCCAGGAUGAUCCGCUUCGAGGAGAGGACAGGAUACUUCGCCUCCACUGACCUGGGCAGAACCGCCAGUCACUUCUACAUCAAAUACAACACCAUGGAGACGUUCAACGAGCUGUUCAACUCCCAGAAGACAGAGGCUGACAUCCUCAGCAUCGUCUCCAAGGCUGAGGAGUUUGAACAGGUCAAGGUGCGUGAUGAGGAGAUGGAGGAACUAGAGCAGAUGCUGUGUAACUACUGUGAGCUGCCUGCUGCAGGGGGAGUGGAGAACGGAUACGGCAAGAUCAACAUCCUACUGCAGACCUACAUCGGCCGGGGAGAGGUGGACAGCUUCUCCCUCAUCUCAGAUCUGUCCUACGUAGCACAGAACGCAGCUCGUAUCGUCAGGGCUCUGUUUGAGAUUGCUCUGAGGAAGCGCUGGCCUGCCAUGACCUACCGCCUGCUCAACCUGUGUAAAGUGAUAGACAAGCGUCUGUGGGGCUUCGCUCACCCCCUGAGACAGUUCUCCAUCCUGCCUCACAACGUGCUGGCCCGUCUGGAGGAGAAGAAACUCACUGUGGACAAACUGAAAGAUAUGCAGAAGGACGAGAUAGGUCACAUGCUCCACCACGUGAACAUCGGGUUGAAGGUGAAGCAGUGUGUCCACCAGAUCCCUUCCAUACUGAUGGAGGCCACCAUCCAACCAAUCACACGCACCGUGCUCAGGGUCCGCCUCCAGAUCACCCCCGACUUCCAGUGGCACGACCAGUGUCAUGGUUCAGUGGGUGAGCCCUGGUGGCUGUGGGUGGAGGACCCCAUCAACGAUCACAUCUACCAUUCAGAGUACCUGCUCCUACAGAAGAAACAGGUGGUGAGUGGGGAGCCCCAACAGGUGGUGUUCACCAUCCCUAUCUUUGAGCCCAUGCCCUCCCAGUACUACAUCAGAGCUGUGUCAGACCGCUGGCUGGGCUCAGAGGCUGUCUGCAUCAUCAACUUCCAACACCUCAUCCUGCCUGAGAGACAUCCCCCACAUACUGAGCUGCUGGACCUGCAGCCGUUGCCCAUCACCGCCCUGGGGAACCCGGAGUACGAGAGUCUGUACAAGUUCACCCACUUCAAUCCCAUCCAGACACAGAUCUUCCACACGCUCUACCACACCGACACCAACGUCCUGCUGGGGGCGCCAACGGGCUCCGGUAAAACCAUCGCAGCCGAGUUGGCCAUGUUCCGAAUCUUCAACCAGUACCCUACCUCCAAGGUGGUGUACAUUGCCCCUCUGAAAGCUCUGGUCAGGGAGAGGAUCGAGGACUGGAAGAUCAGGAUAGAGGAAAAACUGGGGAAGAAGGUCGUGGAGCUGACAGGUGAUGUGACUCCAGACAUGCGGGCCAUCGCUGCGGCCGACCUGAUCGUGACCACGCCGGAGAAGUGGGAUGGCGUGAGUCGCUCCUGGCAGAACCGCAGCUACGUCCAGAAAGUAGCCAUCCUCAUCAUCGAUGAGAUCCACCUGCUAGGGGAGGACAGAGGUCCUGUGCUGGAGGUCAUAGUGUCCAGGACCAACUUCAUCUCCUCCCACACCAACAAGACUGUCCGCGUGGUGGGCCUGUCCACGGCCCUGGCCAACGCACGAGACCUCGCCGACUGGCUAGGGAUUGGACAGGUGGGUUUGUUUAACUUCCGGCCCUCUGUGCGUCCCGUCCCAUUGGAGGUUCACAUCCACGGCUUCCCAGGACAGCACUACUGCCCCCGCAUGGCCAGCAUGAACAAGCCUGUGUUCCAAGCGAUUCGCAGUCACUCUCCAGCCAAGCCUGUUCUGAUCUUUGUGUCGUCGCGGCGACAGACUCGUCUGACAGCUCUAGACCUGAUAGCCUUCCUGGCCACCGAGGACGACCCCAAACAGUGGCUGCACCAGGACGAGACUCAGAUGACAGACAUCAUCGCCACGGUGAGGGAGUCCAACCUGAAGCUGACGUUGGCGUUUGGUAUCGGCAUGCACCACGCUGGACUACACGAGAGAGACAGGAAGACUGUGGAGGAACUGUUUGUCAACUGCAAGAUCCAGAUACUGAUAGCCACCAGUACUCUGGCCUGGGGAGUAAACUUUCCUGCCCAUCUGGUCAUUGUCAAAGGUACUGAGUACUAUGAUGGGAAGACCAGACGCUACGUGGACUACCCCAUCACAGACGUGCUGCAGAUGAUGGGCCGUGCAGGCCGCCCUCAGUAUGACGACCAGGGCAAAGCUGUGAUCCUGGUUCACGACAUCAAGAAAGACUUCUACAAGAAGUUCCUCUACGAACCCUUCCCUGUUGAGUCCAGUCUCCUGGCUGUGCUGUCAGACCAUCUGAAUGCUGAGAUCGCUGCAGGGACCAUCACCUCUAAACAGGAUGCUAUGGACUAUAUCACCUGGACGUACUUCUUCCGCAGGCUGGUCAUGAACCCCAGUUACUACAGCCUGGAUGACAUCAGCCACGAGACCAUCAACAAGUACCUGUCCAACCUGGUGGAAAGGAGUCUCCGAGACCUGGAGUGUUCCUACUGUAUGGAGAUAGGAGAGGAUGAUUGCACCAUUGAGGCCCUGACGUACGGUCGUAUCUCCUCCUACUACUACCUGAAGCACCAGACAGUCAGGAUGUUCAAGGAGAGGCUGAGGGCUGAGCUGCCCAUCCAGGACAUCCUCUCUGUCCUCACGGAUGCUGAGGAGUACGGGGAGCUGCCGGUCAGGCACAACGAGGACCAGCUGAACAGUGAGCUGGCUCAGCGUCUCCCCCUGCAGGUCAACCCCCACAGCUACGACAGCGCCCACACCAAGACCCACCUGCUGCUGCAGGCCCAUUUCAGCCGCGCCCAGCUGCCCUGCUCCGACUACGGCACCGACACCAAGACCGUGCUGGACAACGCCAUACGCAUCUGUCAGGCCAUGCUGGACGUAGCAGCCAACGAGGGCUGGCUGGUGACUGCUCUCAGCAUCUGUAACCUGGUGCAGAUGAUCGUUCAGGGCAGGUGGCUCAAUGACUCCUCUAUACUGACCCUACCUACCAUAGAGCAGCAACACCUCUACCUGUUCAGCAGGUGGAGCUCCAAGGGAGGGAAGGGCGGGGCCAGGGGCUUCCACGGACCAAUAGAAGGGCUCCCUGAGCUGAUUGCCACCUGCGAUGGGCGGGAGAACACCUUCGCUGCCAUCGUGGGGGAGGAGCUUCAGCCCCAUCAGAUCUCCCAGGCCUGGUCGUUCCUCAGCCAUCUGCCGGUGGUGGAGGUGCAUCUGAGUGUGAAGGGUUGGUGGGAGGGGUGUGGGGAGCAGACAGAGCGCCCCCUCCCUGCGGCCGGGGGGAAGCUCAGGGAUGACAGAAGCUGGCUGGACGUCCAUGCUGACCAGGAGUACGUCCUGCAAGUCUCACUGCGGCGCAUCAACACCAGCCAGCAGAGGAGGAAGCAGGACAGUAAGGCCCAGGCCCCCAGGUUCCCCAAGAAUAAGGAUGAGGGCUGGUUUCUGGUUCUAGGAGAGGUGGAGCGCAGAGAGCUACUGGCCGUCAAACGCAUCGGAUACUGCCGACACCGCAGCACCGUUUCCCUGGCCUUCUACACCCCCGAGAAGACCGGAAAGUGUAUCUACACGCUAUACUUGAUGAGUGACUGUUACCUGGGUCUGGACCAGCAGUAUGACCUCCACCUCAAUGUGACCCCUGCCUGCAUCGCUGCCCAGGUCAACAGUGAAGUCACUGAGGCCAUGGGAGGCAUGUCCGUCAAGUGAUACGUCAACAUGAUGACGUCAUCAUGAGUGACAUGAUGACAAUGACCGAAAUGAGCAUAUAAAAAUUACAAAAGACAAUGGCCAUGAGCGUCUUUAGAGGCCAAUGUUCGAUAUGUUUACACUGAUGAUGUGAUGGUUGUGAUUGUGUGACUGGAGGUUAGCCUUAAAGCAGGGAUGUCAAGCACAUUCCAUGGAGGGCCUAGUGUGUGCGGGUUUUUGGUUUUUCCUUUCAAUUAAGACCUUGACAACCAGGUGAAGGGAGUUCCUUACUAAUUAGUGGCCUUAACUUAUCAAUCAAGGACAAGGGAUGAGCCAAAAACCCUCAGCCACUCUGCCUUCUGUGGAAUGAGUUUGACACAUGUGCCUUAAAGGGUCCCAUGCCUGUCUGGUAAUAUAAAGGGAGGGAAUGAGGAUACAGGGUUAAGGAACUAGGGAGAGUCUGGUUCAUGGGCUAUGAGAAACUGUUUGGCCUAAUAGGACCCUGUACAAUGAUCGGUCAGUCAAUAGAAAUACUCAUGAAAGACGGGGCUGUCAAGUUACCUCAUCAACAUUGUGUAAUACAAUGAAUACCUAUUUUGUUGCAGUAUAUCAUAUCAUUCCCCAGUCAUAUUGUGUAAAUUAUAUUUCCAAGCAUUGGCCUACUAUCUAAAACUCCCCAAAUCCACCAACUUUUGAACAGGUGGUGAGGAAAAUAAAACCUGAUAAAGGGUGGCUUGUUUUACUCAGUUGAUUUAGGGACUGGGGAGUGGGGGAGGGGUGACAUAUUUUAUUGAGACGUUGUUGAGAUGAAGAAUAACAGUAGUAAGAGAGAGCAGCAGAAAGCGUGGUGGUUAACUGCAGGAAAAACGUGGCAUCACUGUGUCCAACAGGGAAAAGCUGCUCCCGGAGAGUUUAGUUUAUUUAGGCUGGCGGGGUGGAACUGGAAUUCUGUGCGGAUGUGUGAAACACGCUUCCCUGUAGCGCUGUGGGGCUACAGUACUGCCCCCCACCCCCACAAUCCUUAGUGUAUAGCACAGAAUAGCCUCCUCCUUUCCUUCUUCCUCCUCCUCUUUCUUUGUGUAAGAUUCAUCUAUAGAAGCUGAUCAAACUGCCGUAGACAGUCAUACAAGGAACAGAAGAACAUAACCGAAAUACAUAGAGGUAAAUGUGUAAAGAUGUCUCAAAUUGUUUCAUUGAUUAGUAUGUUGUAACUGUUUAUUUUCUUGGGAGAGCUGACGACUAUAUUUUAGAACCAAACUUAUGAGACAUAAUCCAUCUGCGUCUUUGUUCUGAUUUUUGGAUUGUCCAAUCAAUUGAAGCAGAUGUAACUUCUCUGUUGAUUGAAUAUAAUGACUUUUGAAAAAAACUUUUGCUUGGUUUGAAAAGUCUUGAAAUAAUUUGGGGGUUUUUCAACUUUGAGAUAGUGACCUAUAUAUUGUUAUGUUAUAUAUAUUACACUUACUAUCAAUGCCAAGACAUAUCAUGCAAAUAAUUACCAAUAAACCUCCUUAUAUAAAAAGCACACCAUUUCAUCUCAAACUACACUGCAUGUGCAAAUACUUUCUCUACUGACACUGUCUGGUUGCACCACCAUGUCAUUUCUAUAGUAUACAGUCUGUCACUGGGGCCAUUUUCCUCUGCUAUGGUUUCAUCUGAAUAUGGAACCCGUAUGGUCCUAAAGAACAACUCUCCGUCAGUCAGACAUGGGUCAAAUAAACAUGUCAAACAGU